GAUCACAUCAGGUGGGUGAGGGCAAAGUGCCAGCAUGUCCGGAUGAGAUCAGCCGUCUCUCCAACGCCUUCAGACCGAAGAGGACACACUUCUGCUGAAAACUUUUUUUUUAAAGUUAGCUUACUCGAGUUCAUUGGAAAACCAGAUCCGAAGAGAUGAAGUGGAGUUGUGUGCUAUUGUUUCUCCGGCUUCUGCUGGACGAGUCAGCUGGCAGUUCCUCAACGGACGCAGAACCAGAAAUUCUUGACCUCCUCUCCCUCUCGGAACACAGAAGUUAUGUGGACCUACUCCAACAAGCGCUCACCAAUACUCCAGCAGUCAAUGAUAUUUAUAUCGUGUCAACAUUAAAAGUACAACCAAAAACCCUCGCCGUCGUUUUCGGACUUUAUUCCACAAGGAGCAGCGUUAGAUACUUUGAAUUUUCAGUUUUGGGUCGGCUGAAUAAAGUCAGUGUCCGCUACGUGAAGAGCGACGGGAAGCCGCAGGUGACCACGUUCCACAACGUGCCGCUGGCCGACGGGAAGCGGCACGCGGUGCUGCUGCACGUCAGCGGGCUGCGGCGCGGCCCCGCGGCUGCCGAACUCUACAUCGACUGCACACAGGCCGGCUCCGCCCACAAUCUGCCCCCCAUCUUCACCAAGAUGCCGCAGAACGCAGACUCAAUCGAAAUACGCACAGCUCACAGGCGGGCUCAGGAUUCUGUAGAAGAUGUGAAGUUCGUCUUGGGAGGGUCGAUCAAUAAGGUGGCGGCACUACAGGAUUGCAUGUUGCAACAGAGUGAUGCUGCUGGCAUUGCAGGUGAUUCAGGAAGGCAUUUGGUUGUCCAGAUGACGCAACUCAAUGAAAUGCUUGCAGAAAUGAAGCAGCUGCUCAGACAGCAGGUCACUGAAACCACCUUAUUGCGCUACACCAUUGCUAAAUGUCACGCAUGUGGUAUUGGUUUAACCGAUCUGGAGGAGCUGAACAUGCGGCCCGUGGUCCCCACCACCCCUAAACCGCGCUGCGCCACUGACUCCUGCUUCCGUGGGGUGAAGUGUGUGGACACGAAGGAUGGAUUCCGGUGCGGACCGUGCCCAAAGGGGUUUGUGGGCGAUGGAAUCCGAUGUACCGAUGAAGAUGAGUGUCGGAUCAGCCCGUGUUCUGCUGGAGUUCGCUGUGUGAAUACAUUCCCAGGUUACAAGUGUGAGGAUUGCCCAGCGGGCUACACUGGCCGUAGCGUGUCAGGAGUAGGAGUGGAACACGCAAGGAUACAUAAACAGGUGUGCGUGGACAUGGAUGAAUGCAGCGAUGGAAGGAAUGGAGGCUGUACCCCCAACUCCCAGUGUAUCAACACCAUGGGUUCGUUCAGAUGUGGAGACUGUGAGGGUGGAUACACCGGAAACCAAGUGAGAGGCUGCAAGCCUGAGAAGAGCUGCAACAACAGGCUGCUGAACCCCUGCCACGCCAAUGCACAGUGCUUCCUGGAGAGAGACGGUGUCAUCAUUUGUAUCUGUGGAAUCGGCUGGGCUGGAAACGGCUACACUUGUGGCAAAGACACUGACAUUGACGGAUAUCCUGACCAGGAGCUGAGGUGCGCUGACAAGAGUUGUAGAAAGGAUAAUUGCAUAUUUGUUCCUAAUUCUGGGCAAGAAGAUGCUGAUGGUGAUGGAGGAGGCGAUGCUUGUGAUGAUGAUGCAGAUGGAGAUGGGAUUUUCAACGUGCAGGAUAACUGCGUGCUGGUCCGCAACAUCAAUCAGCUGAAUACUGACGAGGAUAACUAUGGCGAUGCUUGUGAUAACUGUCGAUUGUCGAUUAACAAUGAUCAACGAGACACGGAUAAUGAUGGGAAAGGUGAUGCCUGCGAUGAAGACAUGGAUGGCGACGGGAUUAAAAAUUUCUUGGACAAUUGCCAGAGGGUUCCCAACGUGGACCAGAAGGACAAGGAUAACGACGGCGUGGGAGAUGCUUGUGACAGCUGUCCGGAUGUCAUCAACCCAAACCAGUCAGACAUCGACAAUGACCUUGUUGGAGAUUCCUGCGACACAAAUCAAGACAGCGACGGAGACGGGCACCAGGACAGCAACGACAACUGCCCCACCAUCAUCAACAGCUCCCAGCUUGACACUGACAAGGAUGGGCUUGGAGAUGAGUGCGAUGAUGACGAUGAUAAUGACGGAAUCCCUGAUGUCUUCCCGCCUGGCCCAGAUAAUUGUAGACUGGUCGCCAAUCCUGGCCAGGAGGACGAUAACUUUGACGGAGUUGGGGACAUCUGUGAAGGUGAUUUUGAUCAGGACACCAUCAUUGACAGAAUAGAUGUUUGCCCUGAGAAUGCAGAGGUGACUUUAACCGAUUUCAGGGCGUACCAGACCGUUGUCCUCGAUCCUGAAGGCGAUGCACAAAUUGAUCCAAACUGGGUGGUACUUAACCAGGGAAUGGAAAUAGUACAGACAAUGAACAGUGAUCCUGGCCUGGCUGUGGGCUAUACGGCGUUCAAUGGAGUUGAUUUUGAAGGCACGUUCCAUGUCAACACCAUGACCGAUGACGAUUACGCUGGGUUUAUCUUCGGAUACCAGGACAGUUCCAGCUUCUACGUGGUGAUGUGGAAGCAGACGGAGCAGACCUACUGGCAGGCCACCCCCUUCCGUGCCGUGGCCGAACCCGGCAUCCAGCUCAAGGCAGUCAAGUCCAACACCGGACCUGGCGAGCAUCUACGGAAUGCACUCUGGCACACUGGAGACACCACUGAUCAGGUGCGACUACUAUGGAAAGAUCCCAGAGACGUGGGCUGGAAAGACAAGGUCUCUUACCGCUGGUUCUUGCAACAUCGACCCCAAAUUGGAUACAUCAGGGCACAGUUCUACGAAGGUUCGGAUCUGGUGGCUGACUCUGGAGUUACGAUAGACAGCACCAUGAGAGGAGGUCGGCUGGGCGUCUUCUGUUUCUCUCAAGAAAACAUCAUCUGGUCCAACCUCAAGUAUCGUUGCAACGAUACCAUUCCGGAGGACUUCCAAGCGUUCGGAGCACAGCGGUUGUAGCCAAUCCCUUGCGAGAGGAAAGACAGUGGAGGAGAAAUCCGUGUGGAGAUGGUCCUGAAUAUCCUGAAGUGGGAAAAACAGCUGUGAAAAAUGAAAUGUGUUAUUGAAAGGUGAUUGCCACAGAGGUGGUCUGUCGUUGAGUCAGUCAGGUUGGAUAUGUAUUAAAAACCACAAUAAACAAUUUGAAGAA